AACACAGACAACAUUGCUGCGGAAGCUGGACGACGGAGAUAGGAAGAACUCCAAAGCUUCAUCCAAACUCUCUCUCUCUCUCUCUCUCGGUGCCGCAAUCAACGUAUCUUCGUCGCCAGAAAAAGUUAAAACAAGAGGGCUGUGGAGCAGGCAAACCAAGCAUGCUUCUUAUGGUCCAGUGAAUCUUCCUGUGCGAUUGCAGCCUUCCAGUGCACGUGGGAUUCAAAGCAAGGUUGCUGGUAGAAGUUUUGAGCAAAAGCUGCAUGUUUUGGUUUGCUAUAAGCACAUCUCCCAUGGCAGAUUAUAAAGACUGGUUAUUUAUAAUAGUCAGUUAUAUGAUUUUCUGUUUUUGUUUAAUAAGCUUUUUUCCAAAAGAUUUGUUACCGCCUUCUAGAAAUACUAAAGGAAUUACUGGUAUGAUUUUGUCUUUCCAAUCUGUUGUGACAUAUGGUAUUAUGGUGUUGGUUGGUUUGGAACCUCGCCUAUACAUCAAAGACUGGUUAGCAACGAUGAUAUGUUAUAUACUUUGGUGGGUUCGAUUAGGUGGGUCUAUUCCGAAAGAUCUGGUAAUGUCCACAAUUGAAUUUAAUGCUCUACAAUGGUGGAUAAUACUUCUAUAUUGCAUAACGUCAGAUGUCAUGUCUUGGAUCCAUCAGUCUACAACAAGCCAUUACCAAGAAGGAUGAAAAUCUUGCAUACUAAGGUUGUUGCGGGUGCCGUAUCAUGGUAGCAUUCCUUGUGAGAAAUUUCAAUAAAUUGAGUGAUGGUGGAUGGUUGGUGUCUGGUAUUAGUUUUUCACAAUUUCACCUGUACAUUUUCUUUGAAGCUGGUAAAACCCAUUCACGACUAUCUCAGAUUCAGCUAUGGUAUGCUUUCAUUUACUUGUUCAACCUUGAGCCUAGACAUUUGAAGAUCCUUGCAGUUUUGCUUGGAUGAAACCGCAAUUCAAAACACAACAAAUAUUUACUUUGUUGUGGUAUUUAUCUCAUUCUGUAAAAUUAAUUUUGUUAAUCUAC